CAUGAGGUCAGCUGGUCCGCAGCUCAGACUACACGUCCUUAAAAUAAACCACACAGAGUCUGUGCAGACGUCAGCACAGUAACAGUCGGACGUGUUUGAACUCGGAGCAAAGAAAGAACGAGGCUCGUUGUUUGUUCAGUUUGUUUUUGAGGUGAACGUCACUCAUCCUCCAUCAUGGCGGCAGGCGGGAUCUCAGCUGAUCCCAGUCUCAGCUUUGAGGAUUAUUCUCUCUAUAGUAACCUGAGUGAUGACCAAGUGCUGCAGAUUGCCAUGGAGCGAAGUCUGAACGACACACACAGCAGCAACCCCAACGCAACCAGCAACACAACCAGCAACCUGAACCCUGAGGUCAGACACAACUCCCAGAAUCUUCCUCCAGCCCAGAGCGUCGCUCACUACAGUUCACCAAACCCUCCGAGUGAAAAACCUCCUGAUCCGAAGACCUUUGAUGGGACAAUCAGCUGCUUCACGACAGGCUCUGGGAAAAGGAUGCUGGCUUAUCGCAGAGCUGAUGGUAGCCUGGUCCACACCGCUCCGGAACCGGAAGAGGAGGAGGAGCCUCUGUUCAAAGCGAUCCGUGUUGGAGAUGUGAACAGAGUGAAAAUCAUGGCGAUGUGUCCUGGAACGAACCUGAUGCUGCCCAGUAAAUCAGGCUGGCUCGCUAUUCAUCAGGCGGCGUGGUACGGUCAAGACACCUGUCUGAGGGUCCUGCUGUCAGCUCAGCCGGGGACCAUCAACAAGCGAACUGAACAUGGUGAGUCAGCGCUUCUGCUCGCCGUCAGCAGACAGGAAGUAACAUGUGUUCAGGUGCUGCUGGGAAACGGAGCCGACACUGACAUCACAAACUACGACAAAGAGACUCCACUCUACAAAGCCUGUGAGCGGGACAGUGCAGCGAUGGUGGCGGCGUUGUUGAAUCAUGGUGCUGCAGUGAACAGUCGUUGUAUUCAGGGUUGUACUGCACUUCAGGAAUCUGUGGUUCGAAACAACGUGGAGAUCUGUGAGAUGUUGCUAAAGGCCGGAGCCAAACACAACCUCACCAACAUGUACGGCAUCUCACCGCUGUUUACUGCGGCUCAGACUGGGCAGGUCGCCCCCCUGCGUUUCCUCCUGAAACAUGGUGCAGAUAUCAACAGUCAGGCUGAUGAUGGAGCCACUGCUCUGUACGAAGCUGCUAAAAAUGGACAUGAGGAAAUUGUGAGGCUCCUCCUCUCACAAAACGCAGAUGCCAACAAACCUGGGAAGUCCGGAUUAUUACCACUUCACAUCGCUGCUCAGAGAGGAAGUAACACUAUCGUGUCCAUGUUGAUACCAGCCACCAGUAAGGCCAGAGUCCGGCGGGCCGGCAUCAGCCCGCUCCAUGUGGCAGCUGAGCGCAACCGGGACGAUGUGCUGGAGGUUCUGAUUGAGGCGGGCUUCGAUGUUAAUGCUCAGCUGUCUGAGGAACGAUCCCAGCUGUACGAGGACCGCCGCAGUACGGCCCUCUACUUCUCUGUCAUCAACAACAACAUUGACGCCGUGAGCAUGCUGCUGGCAGCUGGUGCCGACCCAAACCUGGACAUGCUCAAGCCGCUGAUGGUGGCGGCGAGGCAGAGCUGCAUUCAGGCCACAAUCCUGCUCGUGAAGCACGGAGCUGACAUCAACGCCUGCAUCCCCACGCACCCCACCACCUUCCCCGCCAUUUACAUGUUCUCCAUGAAGUACCUGCCCAUGUUCAAGUACCUGCUGGACCAGGGAGGCCACGCCCGCUCCUGCUUUGACUGUUGCUAUGGCAGCAAACCUCAUCCACCAAUCAAAACCACUCGAUCAGAGAGGGACAACUCCUACUUCCUGGAAGAGACACAACUGAGGAGGGGCGUUCAGUUCUGUGAGAUGAUCUCAGCCCCCAGCAUCUGUCGGUGGGCGGGGCCAAUCAUUGACAUCCUACUGGACUACGUUGGUCAUGUGACUCUCUGCUCCAGACUGAUGGAACACCUGGACAGUUACAGCGAGUGGAGCAUCAUCAAAGAAAAAGCAGCUUCACCGCGGUCACUGAUGCAGAUCUGCAGGCUGCAGAUCCUGCAGCUGGUCGUACGUCCACGUGUGAAGAAGUUACCGUUGCCUGGAGUUCUGAUCCGGUUCCUGCAACAUGGAGAAGGAUCCAUCGGUGACUGAGGUGUCGCUCAUACUGACUGAACCCAGUUUACUCAGUUGAACCCAAUUAACUCAGUUAAACUCAGUUUACUCAAUGAUAAGAUUAAGUUUGUUGUUUGUUAAAAGAUAAAGAUCAAACAUGAGAAAUGAAGAAAUGUAGUUUAGCUGCAUCAGCUUAGCGUAAACAGAUAAAACAGAUGUUAUUCAAAUGUUACUAAUCUGUUACUAACAUGUUAAUAUGUUAUUAACAUGGUAUUAAUCUGUUAUUAACGUGUGUUAGGCAGGAAACAACAUGAUGAUAACAUUUGAAAACAUUUGACUCAUAAUCACAUGAGAAAAUGUAUUCACAGUUAAAAUUUAUUGAAAAUGCAGAUUUUAAAACAAUGAAAUAAAAAAGCAGUUUUAACUAAAA